UAAAAAUAAAAUAUUUUUUACAAAUUAAAAUAUCACAAAUAAAAAAAUAAAAAUUUUAUCUGUGCUGUAAAUGACGCCACGCUAUCGUCUUUGUUGUUAACAUUCCACCACUGCAAUUGUUUGAGUGACGAAGAUGACAUCCAACUGGUUUUCGAACAGCAUAAAAGUGGCAACAGCUUCAGCAGAACCCAAUCGGAAUUCAUUAAGCAAAGGCAAAAAGCCACAAAUCCACUGCCAACAAUGAAAAAAUUACAAUAAAAAAUCCACAAAAACAGUCGAAGCUGAAGCAGAUACUUUUUUAAAAGCACAAACUAAAGAUACAAUAAAAGUCAGUCAGUAAGUCAACGAGCGUACAAAAUAGAAAAGGGGCCAAUAUUGUACGUGGUCAAGAGCAUGGAAGUUAAAUAACGGUAGCAAUAAUUGCAAAAUAUAUAACAAGAGGUAAAAGGGAAGGAGAAACCAAAACAUAAAAGCCAAUAAUUACAUACAAAACAUCAAUAACCACAAAAAAAGCGAACAAUCGAACAAAUCUCCAAAUACUGCAGCACUAACAACAAUAAUAAUAUCUAUAACAACAACAACAACAUCAACAACAUUGGAAAAAGUAUAAGUUUUAGUACCCAUUACGGUUCCACUUCUACAACACCACUUAAACCUUAAACCUUACAAUGUCAGUGGUUAAAAAACUCUCAAAAACGUUUCGCUGGUUACGUUGGUCUACAGUGUGUGCAAUAUUAUUUUAUAUGUUUUUCAUCGGCUUAAUACUGCAUAGCACCACCUACAAACUACAAAGCACGCUCAGGUCGCAACGUCAGACCGACCAACUUAAACAACAAGACCAUAACCACCAUCAGCAACUGCAACAACUGCAUCAGGAAGCAGAAAAAUCCAGUUCAGUUUUAAAUGGUAACAAUGUAUUGCAUGCGCCACCAGAAACAUCGCAUGCCGGAACUCUGCGCUACAAGAACAACAAAAGUCCCCAGGACACGAGAAGGGUGGCAGCUGUAUUACAUGGUGGUCGACGCCAACAGAGCAAGUCAAGCGAACCGGAAACUGUUAUUUUAGCUGCGAGUUCAGGGGAUGAGAAGCACAUUUUACGUAAAGCUUUCAAGAGAGCUGACUUAAAUCACAAUUCUGAAUUAACAAUACAAGAAUUGGCUUUGCACAUAAACAAAAAAAUUAUUGAACAUAUUGAAGAGGCCAUACAAUUGAAUCCAAGAGAGUUUCAACGUGUCGAUAUUUCACCACCUGACGGUGUAGUCACUUGGGAUGAAUAUCAUCGGUUCUUUUUAAAAGAACAUGGUAUGACCGAUGCUGACAUAGAUGAACACAAUGAAAUUAGACAUACAACUUUAAAUCGCAAGGCAAGGGAGGAUAUGAUGCGUGAUAAAGCACGUUGGUCUGAAGCGGCACGUACAGAUCUUUUUAGUUUAACCAUAGAUGAAUAUUUAUCAUUUCGGCAUCCAGAAUCGAGUAUAUCAAAUUUAUUAGAAUUAGUUGAUGAUCUGUUGAGACAAUUUGAUCAAGACGGUGAUGACCAGUUAUCAAUUGAAGAAUUUUCUGAAGUCAAUAUGGAUGAUGAUGACGACCUGAUACGUAAAUCAUUAAUAUCGAAGACAGUUGUAGAAAGACGUGAGGAAUUUAAACGUAUAAUAGAUAAAAAUAAUGAUGGUAAGGCAGAUCGUGGUGAACUACUAAAUUACGUUAAUCCAAAAACCCCGAGAUAUGCAUUACAAGAAGCUGCUACACUCUUUGCAUUGUGCGAUGAAAAUAAGGAUGGUAAAUUAACAUUGGAUGAGAUCACUGCAAAUGCGGAAAUAUUUCUUACAUCAAAAAUGAUUGACACUGCCAAUAGUUUUCAUACGGAAUUUUAAAGACUUGUACGCCACUGGGACAAAUAUAAAGAAUUUAAAUACUCGUGACUACUAGGAAUACUUUAGAAAACGCACUAUAUUCGUAAUGGGUUUGAUUUAGAAUUUCUUUCACCGAUCUAUUUUGAAUGAAAUUACUAUAUACAUUAAGCAUUUAAACUAUCACACAUUUCAAGCAUCUUGGCGUAACUUUUCACUUAAAGAUGAAAAGGAAUUGUUUAGUAUCACAAAAUUAAAUGA